AAACCUAACACGGCGAGAGGAGGCCGCCGGUACGCAGAAACACCGCUUCGACAGACAGGCAGCUUUUUUCUCUCUCUGUCUAUCGUUGUUGCUAGUGGAGUUAAACUGUAGUAUUUAUUAUCCAUGAUCCUGGUCCCUCACAGAUGGUUAGUCAGGUAGACCUGGUCACCAGGCCCUCUCUAAGAGGAACGGGAAACCCAGGAGGCCGUCUGGCCAACACCUCCCUCAACCUCUACUGUACCUCCUACAGGGCUUCCUUUGGUAAAGAAGGCUUCAGUCCAUGUCUAGGUCAUCAUUACGGGACAGGGUACUCUGCCAACCUGAGACCUGCUGUUUACUACAGCCCUAGUCUGGACCACACUGAUAACCCACAGUUAGGGCGUUCUCUACUAGAUAGUUUCCAGUCUCAGACUAAGCGCCAUUUCCAGCCCCUGACCAGACCUGAUGGGUCAGAGACCCUGCCUUGCCCCAGUGGACAGGUCAGAGAGAGUGGAUAUCUACAGCUGAAGACACGGCCGACAGCAAAUGUAUCCAUCCAGACAGAGUAUAAGGAACACUUUGUUCCAUAUCGUCCCAGACCACCAGUUUCACAGAAGCACCAGUUAGUGGGAGCCCAAGGAGAGAGCGGUUUCACCGAAGGGACGGCCCUGCAACCCAACACCUUUCUGCCCCAGUACCACAUGGUCAAUCCUAGGAGGACUGAGAACUCUGUGAUGAGACAUGACUUCCUGCCUGUUUCCUUUCUUCAGGGCUCUGAGAUGCUCCCCAGGCUGGUCAGUAGAGUCCCCAGAGAAACAGGCUUCACCAGGGACACCUUGGACCCUCUGGCCUGUCUAGUCUCUGUGUUACCUGGAUCUGGGACUCAGAAGAUCAGCUCACCUGCUGACCAGAAGUUGAUUGGGAUGAAGUUUGGUUUCCAGGAGCUUUCAGGAUUCAUCCUCAACUCACCAAAUCUGAAAACCCUGUCCCACACGCCAUCUGACCCGUCACGCGUCCGCACUCACUACCAGUCCAAGUUCUGUGACGUUCCAGCGCUGGAGAAGCUAAGAGAAGGCUGGACAAGGGGAAGCAUCCACAAGCACAGGACCAAUGGAUACACUGGUAGAGACACAGACAGGUUUAACCUCAGACACUGACGGUCAAGGUACAGACAUCAGCUCGCCCAUUAAAUACCCAUAAUAUCAUUUCAACUGGCGAACAGAGAUGGUGUGUAACAUAUUCAUUGUAGAGAUGACAAUGACAUGGGUGCUGCUAUUUCCAUCCAAAUAAAAUGGUUGAUUUUUAUCCUUUUGGAUUCAAAGACACAGAACUGUU